AUGAAUGGACUCAAAGAAGCCAUCAGAAAUUCUUCGAAAGAGAACUGGGACCCUAUCCUGGCCACCUCAAUUCUGUUGUCUUGGCAGAGCACUGAAAGGCGUGUUUGGAUGUCCCUAAGAAGCGGACUCAUAACUAUCCUUAACACCCUGGAUCCCAGGUGGAAAGAAGGUUCAGAAUUGGCCAGAUAUCUUGAAAGUCAACUGGCUCCGACCAGCACGGGUUCCGUCAUGAUGGCGGGAACCCAAUUCCAGGAAAAUGUGGCGCUGCUGGAUUAUGUAAUUGCAUCUUUGCGCAAUGUUCCCAUUUCUGUUUUCCACAAUCAGGAGUACUACAGUCGAGCUGAAGAGCUCCUGAAUUUCACUCUAAACUUUCGGAAAGAUAUCUUCAUGAUAUCGUCAGAUGAAGCGUUCAAACGUGUGCAGCAGUUGCGGGAAUGGCUUUUCUGGCUCCCUGCUGCAAUGAUUCGAGGCCAUGACUGUGACACUUACGCGCUUUCUAUUUUGACACAAUUUUUCUGUGUCGGUAUUUGCUUAGAUCCUCUCCUUCCUGAUAUUGGAGGUGCUUACCUUGCACCUGUCUCAAUUGGUCCGCUUGAGGAUAUCUGCAGGAUUAUCUGCUUCAGGGCUGCAAGCAAUCCUCUCGCUGCCCAUUUACAUCUCGCAUCAGUCUUGGUGGAAUUACCGAGGCACAUUGUGAAUAAGUUCAAGAACAGACUCAACUGGGCACCACACCAUCUCAGGAGUACCGAAAUUUCCUCUGCUCCAAUUGUCACUUCAAUACCUGCUGCAAGACCACCUGAUUUUCAUCGUCAGUCUAUCCUCCACCAUCUGAGCUAA